AUGGAUGAGAAAUCAGACGUUAAAGUUGAUCCUAAAACCGAGACUGCGGCCAAGGCCAAAGUUUCAAAGCCCGGGAAGCGCAAGGGAAAAGGCGCCAGCCAGCGCAGUACCGACGCCAUGCGCGAGCGAAAAGGCCGCCCAAUCCUAGACGCAUACAGAGCAGAAUUACGUAGAAAGUUGUUAGGAGAUGAGACAGGUGAACUUGAGAUAGCAUUAAACAACAUGUCAUUAACUGUCCAACCACGUGCAACACCAGUUACCGUUGCUACAAGAGGAGUGGGAAUAAUUUGCUCAGUUGAAUAUUCCAGAAUAAAUAUUGAUGAUGUAAAAAAAGAUGGUACAUUAUUAUAUUGCAUAAUAGUUACAUUACCUUUUUCUAUAAAAUACAAAACUUAUUACAAUAAAUUUUCAACAAUUUUAAAAUAUUGCGUUUUAACGUAUCAUUUAGCACUGUUAGAAAUAGUUGAAAAUUUUGAAGAUGACGAUUUGGUAACAUCUGGUUGGCUUAAUUGUUUCAUUAAAUAUUUAAACGCAGGAAAUUACGGUAUUUCCUGGGACGACGAGUUAUCCAGAGAGGAAGAGGCUCAAUCUUACAAACGAAAAUCAAGCGAUAAUUUAUCUGGAGGAUCAGCCGACGCAAGUUCUAGCAACAGUGGCAUUUCAAAACCUAAAAAAACUUGUUUUUAA